UCAGCUCAACCGCAGGCCGCCACUGUUCUCUUAUUACGUUUUCAAUUUCCAACGUCCACGCACUGUCGUCAUUUGGCUUAGCGCAGGCCGCAGAUUUCUAGUAACUCUACCGCCGACGCUAAUUUAACUUUUGCCUUACGGCCCAUCGACCGGCGACGCUAACACACGCUGGUAUUGACUAGCGAUUCGUUUUAAUAAUACAUCGUCGUCAACUAGUGUAACGCAAAAGUCGAUCAUGUUGCUGCUGAAGGCGAGUGCAGUCUUAUUAUUCACGGUUGCGUGUUAUGCAGGUUCCAUACAAACGUCUGUGCCCGACCCCAAAGAUAGCUACACGCACCCACUGAAUAUUGCACCAGAACCAGCAAAAAAUACCAGUACUAUUGUACCGACUACUACAACUACAAAUAUUACAACUUCUAAACCUCCUACACCUACUACUCUAAACCCUAAUAUAACAACAACAGCUUCGCCAAAUACAACUACAUCUACAACUACGCCACCAUCAACUACAUCAAAACCGAAUACAACUACAACUACACCCGCACCCGUGCCAUCAACAACAACCCCAAGACCAUCACCUACUCCGAGUCCUAGCCCCAAUAGCACUACUACUGUGUCCCCAGAGCCUGCUCAGCCUAGAAAAUGGGAUGGUCCGAGUUUCUUAGGUGGUAUGGUUCUUGCCUUUGGCAUUGUUGCCGUUGGAUUUGUUGGUUACCGAUUCUUCUAUUUGGGACGUGGUGGCGCUUACCAUACAUUGUGAAUAAUGGUCAUCUGAUGUGUAUGAAUCAAAUGAUAAAAAAAAGAACAAUAAUUUCUUUUCACGAUAGGUCUAUUUACAUUUAAUCUUAAACCUAAACAUUUGUAAAAUACAUGUUGAUUAUUAAUCAAUCAUUUUUAUUUAUAGAAAGCAUAUUAUAACAAAGUGCUAGUAUAUCUUAUUUAUUACCAGUAGCAUGUUCAAAUGCUUCUUUCGACAUAUGAGUUUAAAAUAUUGUACGUACUGUAGCUGCUACUGUCAUUUAUACUGUUAUGAAUUAUUUUUCUUUUUACUUUAUAUGGAAUAGUCAAUAUUUAAAAUGACAAAAAUAUUCUUAUUCAAUUUAUUUCGGUGAUAACUAAUGUAAAAUUAUUUUUAAGUAUUUUUUUUAUAUAUAAUUAAACACUGUAAAGUAUA